AUGAUGAAAACGGUGUCGCUGCGAAGAUUAUUGUGCUCUGUGCUGUUCUAUGCAAGCGCAGAGGGGCAGAGAGGCAUUUUCUCACUGAUGGUUCGCGAGAAAGAUGCGUGCUGGGAAUAUGCUGACCGACUAGAAGGCAACAAGGUCAGGUGCAAAUUCUGUGACCGAAUUCUCAAUGGCGGCAUUAGCCGCUUAAAGCACCAUCUCUCUCGACUCCCGAGCAAAGGUGUGAACCCAUGUGCCAAAGUCAGGGACGAUGUGUCCCACAAGGUGAGAGAAAUAAUCGCGCUAAAAGAUGACGGCAAGGAAAAUCCAGUUCCCAGGAGGCAAAUUUUAUCACCCGAGGUCAAAUCUCCUCCCGAGCCCCCCAUCCAAUCACAGGCGUUGAUCGCAAAACCAGUCUCAUCCAUCAUGCCUUUAACUAUUCCCCCAAGAGACGAACAUGAAAAUGCCGAGAGAUGCAUCGCCCUAUUCUUUUUCGAGAAUAAAUUGGAUUUCGGCGUUGCUCGCUCCCCGUCCUACCACCAGAUGAUCGACGCUAUAAAAAAAUGCGGGAAUAAUAGUGGGUUUGUGGGCCCCACAGUGGAAUCGUUAAGGAUGAAUUGGCUGGGGAAAAUCAAAUCCGAGAUGCAGCUGUGGUCGAAGGGCAUCGAGAAGGAGUGGGCCAUGACUGGCUGCACGGUAAUAGCCGAGACGUGGGGCGAUGGAAAGUCGAGGGCUCUGAUCAAUUUUCUCAUUUCGUCUCCUUCCGGAACCUUCUUCCACAAGUCGGUGGAUGCCUCUAUGUACUAUAAGAACGUGAAGUACCUCUCAGACCUGUUCGACUCGGUGAUUCAAGAUUUCGGGGCUGAGAAUGUGGUCCAUGUCAUAAUCGACGAUGCUUUAAACUUCCCCGGACUGGCAAACCAUAUCCUGCAGAAUUACGGGCUGGCUUUCGUUACCCCUUGCGCUUCCCAGUGCAUGAAUGGGAUAUUGGAGGAGUUCUGUAAGGUCGAUUGGGUCAAUCAGUGUAUUUUGCAAGCGCAGGCAGUUUCGAAAUACGUGUAUAACAAUUUACCCGCUCUUGAUAUGAUGAAAAAUUUCACGGGGGGACAGGAUAUUAUUAGAACCGGGGUCACCAAAUACGUCUCUAAUUUUCUCUCUUUACAGUCGAUGCUCAAGCACAAGUCGAGAUUGAAACACAUGUUCAACAGCCCCGAGUUCACGACAGAUCCCACCUUCGCGAACCGGCCCCAGACGGCAACAUGUGUCGGGAUUCUUGACGAUGGCGAGUUCUGGCGGGCGGUCGAGGAGAGCGUGGCAGUCUCCGAGCCGUUCCUGAGGGUGAUGAGGGAGGUUGCGGGUGGAAAACCGGCCGUGGGGUUUGUGUACGAGAUGAUGACACGGGCAAAAGAGUCGAUACGGACUUAUUACAUUAUGGACGAGGUGAAAUGCAAAACUUUUCUAGACAUUGUGGAUAGGAAGUGGCAGAAUAGCCUGCACUCGCCUUUGCACUCGGCGGCGGCUUUCUUGAACCCGGGUGUGCAGUAUAAUCCCGAGGUUAAGUUCCUCGGGUCGAUUAAGGAGGAGUUCUUUAGGGUGCUCGAGAAGCUUCUGCCGACACCCGAGCUGAGGCGGGACAUAACCAAUCAGAUUCUGUUGUUCACGAGGGGGAGUGGGAUGUUCGGGUGUAGCCUCGCGAAGGAGGCGAUCGAUACUGUUUCGCCUGGCAUUUGGUGGGAACAGUUUGGGGACGGGGCACCCAUGCUUCAGCGCGUGGCCAUUCGGAUACUAAGCCAAGUCUGCAGCACUUGCAAUUUCGAGAAGCAAUGGACAGCCUCCCAACAAAUCCACUCUGAGAAGCGCAACAAAAUCGACAAGGAGACUCUUAACGACUUGCUUUACGUCCAUUACAAUCUCAGGCUGGAAAAAUCCUUGAAAACAAACCACUCGGAAAAUGACCCACUUCAGAUGGAGGACUUGGAUAUGACAUCCGAUUGGGUGGAGGAGGCCGAUAGCCCGAGCCCGGUCCAGUGGCUCGACCGGUUUGGUUCGGCCCUUGAGGGUGGAGAUGUUGGGGAUCUCAACACGCGGCAGUUUAGUGCUGCUAUUUAUGGUGCGGGUGAUAAUAUUUUCAAUUUGUAG